AUGACCUGUAUAGCCUGCAAGCGGGCGAACUUGACUGGGGCAUGGGCUGAAGGAACAGCUGGUGCUGAUGUUCAAGAUCUACGCGCCUGGUACCUGACCAAGCACAACCAGUCAAAGGCCCAUGGCCGGGCAGUGCAGCAGUAUUUGAACCUAGGUGUGGGCCCCGUUGGGGCGCCCGACCUGUCUGAGUUCGAGUCAAUGCUGAAGUCUGCUCAAGAGGGCGAUUCUCUCCGCAAGAUCAACCCGUUCAAGGCAAUGUCCGACAAGACCGCGCUUAUGAUGUGGGUGCUGCAGGAAGCCCUCUUGAACUUCAUCAGAAAGGAUUUAAUGCAGGCAGAGACGAUCUCACUGAUGAGAGACGCGAGGCGACAGCGCCUUCUCAUACGGUAUGGGCUCUGCAAAACCAAUUUUGAAGUUUGUUCUGGCAUCUUAGGUGUUGCCCGCGACUUUGGGGACACUGGCGGCGACAUUGUCAGGGCCACCCGCCACAUUCUGAAACGAGUCUGCACGGAGUACGCCUGCCCGCCAAGAUGGUACAGAGGCCCUGAGAGUCGAUUUCUGAAAGACGUUUACAAUCACGCCAGGGAAGCAAUUGAGCUCAUAACCACUGACGCCGCGUCCAACGAGAUUCUUGCCAGCAACGUCGGCGCUGGAAGGAGGAGUUCUCUGGUGGAGUCGGAUAACAGUGACGAAGCGCGGCUGACACCCAAUUUGAAAAUGAUUGGGCGUGACAAGGCCCAUUCCUUCAGGAGGCUGAUGACCCGACCUUACCAGUGCGACGAGUACUUGGACGAGUUACUCAACGACUUUGUCCAUGACAAGUCUUCAAUGUGUCAGAAGAUCCAGCACAGCUUCAAUCUCAAGACCAUCUUUCAGGAGCAGGUCGUGAAGCAGGAGGCCAAGUGGGGCCAGAAGAUCAAGAACUUGCGGGCAGCGAAGCACAGAUUUGAAAGUCUUGCGGCGCCCAUGGGCCGGAUCCUCCUCUACUUACCAGCGUUUCUUGCUACCUGCGCACAAAUCUCUGAGCAGCGGCUGGCUGCGGGGCCCCGAGCCGAGGCAUUUCUGAACAGCUUGACUGCAGAGCGGCUUCUUCAAGCCGGUCUUCUAGCCGACGGGAUGGACGAGGCCAUGCUACUCAUCCGUAGCGUUGAUGUAGAAGAGGUCGACGUGUCCGCCAUCCCGUUGCUUGUCCAGUCCUUUGUUGACAGGUUGCAUGCCUUGUUUGGCCCAGACCGGUGCGCGCUAAAGUGUCCUGGCUACACUUCCCACGUUGUGGAUUUGCUGAAAAGUGGCGCUGUGUGCUACUUCUUGAAGCAUGACCUUCGGCGACUUCGCAUGCCUGAUGACAAUGCAGUGAUGGACAGGCUGUUCCGCCGAAUGGCCUGCUGGCUCAACGUGGUGAUGGAAGUCUUGCGGACUGAGUGGCCGGACUACACGCUCUUCGCUGCCAUGGGCGUUUUCGGACUGUCAUCAAGUCACUCGCGAUCAACUGCUGCAGCCGAGUUCGCGGUCAAUGCAGGCCAAAGCUUUGGCCGCUUAGCCAAAGCCUUUGACUUGAACGCAGGCGCUUUGGAGGCAGAGUUGGAGCGAGUUCGACCAGCCGCACGCCUGCCUCUGAAGAGUGUGAAGCACGCAGUGUGCGACUUCUCCUUACCCCACUUGAUCGCAGCCAAGCCCUUGAAGUUUGCGAAGCUGCCCAGCUGCUGUACCAGCAGCACGCGGACUCGGACGAAGGAGCGCAUAGACAAAGGAGUGAAGCGACCUCGCGCCGAGGGUGAUAGCGAUGUUGGCUCUGUGGCGGCUUGGUUGCGGACACGGCGGCGCGGGGUUGACGCUGCUGUCAAGAGCGCAAAUAACUUGGACUUCGAUGUGGAGGAUUUUGUCGGCGCCCCGGAAUGGACUGAGUGGCAUGGCGCGGAGAAGACAUUCCAGAAGGAGAAGCAGCACGACCAAUUGUUGGAGGCGUUUAGCUAUGGAGCUUUGGCUGAGGAAGAUGAUGUGGGCAGUGAGCUUGCAAGGCAGGCAGAGGAACGCCAGCGACUUAACGUCAAGAACGACAAAGUGCUGGUCAAGCAGCGCCGUCGCGCUGAUGAAGCUGCUGCGCGUCAUCACCAUGUCCUGCAGUGGGACAGUUUGUCAGGCCUAUCCUACUGGAUGACACCAUCAGAGGAGGGAUCCGAGGCCGAGUUGGUGUUGCAAACGCGAAACCUCGCGCGGACCACAGACCGCUUCAAGGCCGACAUCUUCUUCGUUCAAGAUGCUGCGUCCCCGCCGGAAAGGGUCCGCUGGGUUGCUGCUCUCUGUGGAAAACAAGUUUGCGAUGUUGCAGUUGUGCUGGGUCGUGGCGGCAUGCGCGUCGUUUACAAACCAGUCAUCAGGAGACCUUGCAAGGUGUACAUCACUGAAGACUUCAAGAAUCGGCAUGUAGAGAUCUUCAACAUUGUGAAGCAAGCUCGGGCUCAGCGCGGCAGUAAGUGGACCAUUUGCAGGACGCAUACGGAUCAAGUCACGUUUUGCUUAGCGACAACCGCUGAGUGUGAAAGCAAGCCAGACUGGCACUCCAAGUCAGAUUUCUUAGAACAGGUUUCACGUCUAGACAAAUCCAAGAGCGUCAAGCUGGCAAAGCUGGCUUGA